UCAAAAUGAUCUGUCCCUCCACGAAGCAGCUGCAAACCAAACCAGCCCACAGACAGAGAUUGUUCUCGUCUCAUGCCUGUAGUAUGCUUGAGCGAGCUGUCCGUCUCAUUCACUUUGGGAGCCAUGGAAGUGAGCGUCCUCCUGCAGCGUUUCGAUUCUCCUCUCACUCUCUGGCGGCGGUGGCUGAUGCUCAUCCUCCACGUUGACCUCCACCCCGUUGUCGAUGAAGCGGGGGUGGGAAGGCGGCGAAACGGGCCUGUCGCUGUGCACGAGCGACCGCAGCUCGUUCUUGAGCAUCUUCAUCUGGCUCUUGAACCGCUGCAACACCGACCGGUCCUGCGUGAUGGUGUUGAAGCCAACUUGCCGGCGGAUCCUGGCGGCUUUCUCGGCGAAGAGAAGGGCGAAAAUCGACUCAGAAGUGAACUGCAUGAACCAAUCAGGGGGAGGGAGUAGAGGCAUGGCCAAGAGGGGGGUUGUUGUUGUCUCGUCUCGCUUGCCUUGUGUGACGGGUGGAGGGUGACGACCACAGAGAGUCUUCCUUGAGCAGCCAGUGCAGGAUGCAGCAGCUUGACACAGACACACAGACAGACAUAGGCAGGCAGGACACCAGUGUGUCCAUCCUCUCUCUGCAAGGAGUGCAUACCAUACCUUGGUGAGUGUCGAUGCGCGAUACGGCACGUUGACGGCAUGGUGUGUCUCCAACCGCGACUGCUCCCCCAGCUUCGAUAUUACCUCAGACAACUGAAACAGACUCUUGGACACAGCGCGGCCCUCGGCCAGGCUCUCUGCGGUCUGAUCGAAGUGCCUGAUAUGAUUCUCGCUGCCCGCCAGCUCCGCGACGAACAACUUGCCUUCGUUGAUGACCAUCUCAUCCGGAUGAAGCCAACUGGAUAUGCGGCGAUCUCGCCUGCACAGCAAGCGAAUGACAUGACAAGCGGAGAGCUGUGUCGCAUCCCUCCGGCUUCGGCACAGACGCAUACAUCCAUACAUAUCAUUCACGAGUGAUGUCCGUUUGGUCGACUUGGGUGAGGGUUUGCUGUGGCAUGUCUCCACAGUCACGCAGAAGACGGCGUGGCUGCGGGCCGCCAGACCGUCCCAACUCGUACGCGCAAACUUGCGGUGGGCAUACGCACUGACCGACCGAAGGAAGACAUAAGAAGAAAAGGAUGAUACACACACACAUUUGUGGUGGGCCAACGGUAGGGUAGGCACACUCACUUUGCGACGGCAUCUAGGAUCUCGUACUCAUCGCUGAUGAGCCGCUCCUCCACCCCCUCCAGAAAGAACCCGCGACGAGGGUUCUCCCGAAUCUGCAGACAGGAGCCAGCAAGCACACUCACUCACAACACCAUCCAUAUUCCUAUUUCCGUGCACAAGCCCACACCAUGACAGACAGUGCUUACCGGCAGGACGUGCUGCGGCAGGGGGUCAUCCCCCUCGGUUGCAGCAGCAGCGGAGCUGGCCGUCGCAAAAGGUCGAUUACAUUGUCACAAUACACCUCGACAUAAUGACACCGGACGAGGAACUCUGCCUCAGUGAAGCCCUGCUGGUACAGCGGCCGGUGCUUGGCCGUCUGGGCCGUGUUGUAGCUGCGGAUGUGGUCCAUCAAAUCGAACAGCGCCUGCAUUGCAUUGCAAUGAGGGAGGGAAGGCACACAGACGGACAGAGGUUCUCGAUGGACGUGUCCUCCCUCUGACUGAGGACCUGUGGAAUGAUCCCCGGUGUCUCCGGGUUGCCCAUGACGGUGUGUCCCUUGCCGGAGCGUGUCUGCCCGUAGGCCAUGAAGCAGUGCGUGACACCCUCUGUCGCAGCCAGCACUCCAUCCUGUGCAGUCCUCUCGUACACUUCAGCAUUGGUCGUCUCAGAACCCAACACACUGCACCCACACACACACACGCGGAAGAAAAGACACGUACUGCACCUGCACCCACACGUGAUCUUUGUCUCCUCUUGCCGUGUCUCGUCUGUCUGUCCUUGGCUGCACACACACAUACCUGCCGUUGACUUGGAAGAGCCUUCGGACGGGCGCCAGCGCGUGAUAGAGCCUGCCUGCGCCCCUUGUGAGCGUGGACGUGUCAUAGUUGUCCAGCCUGUGCCGCCGGCUCACCACCGCACCACCCUGCACCGCACUCGAUCGGCGCCGAUAUGCCUCCUGACAUGACACCCACCACACACAUUCGUCCAGCCCUAUCGAGAUUGCUUGUGUCAUCCUCACUGACUCACCUCUUCUACCGCGGCCCUCUGUUGCCGCACUGUCUCCAUCAGCAAUCGCUGAUAGUGCUCGUCCAUCCCGAAUGCGUGUGAUGCCGACAGGCCCUCGGUCGGCAUCUGCUGUGCGAGCAGGCCGAUCGUCUUGGCAUCUCUGACCGUCCAGGCCUCAGUGUGACUCUCAGCAACCUCGUCGGGCAGGAGGGGACGGAGCCUGCAGAGGCAACCAACACCCACGAGAGAGGAGGCCUCAGUCAGCCAUUGCGACGAUGACAUACCGACAGGAUCCUGGUGCAGGUGUUUCCAUUCCUCCCUCCCCCCCUCACCGCACAAAGACAUCUGAGUCGACUGCCUUGUCAGUGGCGAGGCCAUACGAUGACCGUUUGCUCCGGCCCUGCCGCACGGUACUGCUGUGGCGGUGUUCUGGAGACCCCCACGCAGCUGGGCGGUGGGGAGGCUCCCACAUUCUCGAAAACACGACGGGGACCUCACUACUGUACUGCAGUGGGGGACUACGGAGGGGCGGGUUCUCUGACCUUCUCCGGGUGUUCUACCCGUUCUACAGCCGAUGGAGCCUUCUACGAUGGCUUCCCAGGGACAAAC